GAACAGAAACCAACAUGGCGCUCCCCUUGGCGUGAGGUUUGUGACGUGGAUGGGCUCGACUUUCCCCAAUAUUUAUUAUUUCCGCGGCCCAUAUUUCAACUCGGCUCGGUGUGCGGCCUGCUAGAAGACACAGACCAUGUUCGAAAUAACAGAUUUUCAAAAGAUCGGAGUCGGGCUUGCCGGCUUUGGAGUUGCCUUUCUCUUUCUCGGUGUCCUCCUGUUUUUUGACAAGGGACUCCUCGCCCUCGGAAACAUCCUGUUCCUGUGCGGCCUCGCGUUUGUGAUUGGACUCGAGCGAACAUUCCGCUUCUUCUUCCAACGACACAAGUUACGAGGGACGCUCGCUUUCUUCGGCGGUAUCUUCGUCGUCAUCUUUGGGUUUCCCCUCAUCGGGAUCAUCAUCGAAACCUAUGGCUUUGUGCUCCUCUUCAGAUCGCUUCCCACCUCGAUGGUCCACGGAAGCCUUGGCAGCCAGGAAUUUGGACGUCACGACAGCAGUGACACUCGCAUUGGCUCAUGCCUUUUGCUGGAACUUCUACGGCCAACUGUCAAGAUCGCAACAUUCUGGUUUCUUCCCGGUAGUCAUCAAUUUCCUGCGGAGGAUACCGGUCCUAGGAUACGUGCUCAACCUGCCGUUCCUUGGUGCGUUUCUCGAUCGCCUUUCGGGUGACAAGAACAGGUCGAUCGUAUGAAGGCGGGCCCUGAGCACUGCCCCCGAAGAUCUGCACGAGCCGUGGGCCCUCACCACCAGCCCAGACAUCCAGACCAACUCCACCCCUGGGCGCACCUCUCCCGCUGCCGUGAAAGAGUGAAAGACUCGUCUCAAAACUCUGGGUUGUGGAGUGUUCCAGCGGCAGACUGUGCUUUCCACUUGCCACUUUCUAUCUUGGUUCCUCUCCAUUACAUUUCUUUCCCCCACCCUUCAAAUAAAGGAGGCUCUAUUUAAAAUGCCCGGUGCUGGGAGCUGUCCAAUGCUGGGAGCUGUCCCGUGUGAUGUGGCGUGUGGAUUGUUUGUAGGCGCAGCAAUUUCAGCUACUCAUAAAAACUGGGAGGGUGCCUGCACAUGGACGGAGGUUUGAUAGGGAACCCGUUGGUAUGUGCAAUCUGAAAAGAUACAUGCCAUUAUCAUGCUAAGCUGGCUGUGGACUGCAUUACUUUUGAACGUGACAAGUAGUUAAUAAACCAGCAUUGCAUUUUACCUGA